AUGGGGGUUGAAGGUCAUUCGAUUUUUAAUGUGGGACUUCUCACAGAAGCAGAAUCAAAAAGAUUGUUCUGGCAGUUUGUAGAAGGUUCUGAUCCCGAGCUCCAUAAGAUAGGAGAAGAUAUUGUAAGGAAGUGUUGUGGUCUACCCAUUGCCAUCAAAACCAUGGCAUGUACUCUUAGAGAUAAAAGCAAGGAUUCAUGGAAGGAUGCACUGUCUCGUUUAGAGCAUCAUGACAUUGAAAAUGUUGCCUCUAAAGUUUUUAAAGCGAGCUACGACAAUCUCCAAGACGAGGAGACUAAAUCCACUUUUUUUCUAUGUGGAUUGUUUCCAGAAGAUUCCAAUAUUCCUACGGAGGAGUUGGUGAGGUAUGGGUGGGGAUUGAAAUUAUUUAAAAAAGUGUAUACCAUAAGAGAAGCAAGAACUAGGCUCAACACUUGCAUUGAGCGGCUCAUCUAUACAAAUUUGUUGAUAAAAGUUGAUGAUUUUCAGUGCAUCAAGAUGCAUGAUCUCAUCCGUGCUUUUGUUUUGGAUAUGUUUUCUAAAGUUGAGCAUGCUUCGAUUGUCAACCAUGGUAAUACGCUAGAGUGGCCUGCGGAUGAUAUGCACGACUCUUGUAAAAGACUUUCAUUAACAUGCAAGGGUAUAUCUGAGUUUUGUGGAGACCUCAAGUUUCCAAACCUAAUGAUGUUAAGAUUUAUGGAGUCAUGA